UAUAAUUCGCCCGAUUAAUUUCACUAUAAUCACUUGAAGUAUGAAAUAUGAAAUACAAUACGAAAUUAUUUUUAUGCUUUUGUAUUAAUAAUAAAUCUCACGCGAUGCUGCGAUCAAGCUCGUUGCUUUCGAGUGUAUUCCACGCAUCACCGGAAGAAGAAAGAAAGAAAGACUUAAGAGUAGGAGUUGCCUCGCGUAUCUAGCCACUUUCAUUGUUAUUCGAUCUGCCUUACACCAAAGGUGCAAGCUGAGUACUCCCAUCUCCUGAAGGAAUAAUCAGAAAAUUUGUACGAAAUUUUUCGUCAUUUAAUAUCGAGUUUUCAAGAUGGUGUCAGCCUUUAAGGUAUCAGUGAUCUUGCUACUGACAUAUUCAUCGAUCAGUUCUGCUCGUUCGAACAUCGGCAAUUGGGAAGCCUGCGGUGGAAGAUUGGAACGUGCCCUAGAUGCACUUCACAAAGACUCGAGCAGAAGGAAAGGACUUGAAGAGGAGGAAGCAGGAAUGUUUUAUCAACAAGAACUCCGUUCUGUACCACUUGAGAUGUCAGUCUCCCGGAUUGCUGUUAAAUUGCCACAAGGUGCUAGAAACACCGGAAAUCCGUGGGCCAGGGUCGAGAAAUGUAUUUACGAGCCUAGCAACAAUUCUCUGCAGACUCGGGUGAUGUUUAAUGAUUUAUCCGUCUCUGGGACAGUUUCGUUAAUGCCACGGGAUCAUCAGCCACCUAUACCGGCUGAAUCUUGUACGAUGACUCUAAGAUUGAGACGAGCAGGUGUUGAUUUUUUAACAAGUCCAAUCGCUCGUGGUAGAGGACAGAUGCGCAUUCGAACGGAGUCCAGUUUCUUAGAGCCCAGAUUUGCUUCUAUCUACGCUUACGGUUGUCGCCCUACGCGUUUAGACAAGCAAAUUAAAAGACAAGACAAGUGGCCUCCAUUUUAUCCACCUCGAGACGAGUAUGGGCUUCUGCCACUAACAUUGCACGAUGACUAUGAAGCAGCGGAACCACGUCAAUUGGUGGGUGUUUCAAAAGAAGUAGAUAUCGUUAUACCAAACGAAACUCGUCAGUCUCGUAUCGUAAGCGCACCUCUUACGAAAUUAGGAAUAUGGAGAAAAAACAUUUGGCUCACUAAAUCUCCACCAAGAGAAAAGCGAGCCCUGGUUGAAUCUGACGUUGUCGUAAGUUCCUCGAGCGUUCGCCGCUUUCCAGGAUCUUUCGAAAGUGGUCAGGAAGCCAGCAGUCAUCCCAUAAAGAUAUUACGAUCUACGGAGACAAUUACUCCUGAAGAUUUCGCAACAGCAUUGACCAGUAAACGGUCAAAAACCAACGAAACUGGCAAUUGCACCGAACAACAUGAAACGAAGCAAAGCAACUUGAACAAUAUAACGAAGAUUCUUCCGAAAAAUUUAGACGACAACAACGGAACAAAGGCGAACGUUAAAAGAGAAAAUAGCUAUCACAUAAGUGAAAACGAUGCGCCGAAAGAAACCAGACAUUUGUAUAUCGAUGAAACGUUGGAUAAUAUUUUCCCAAUUGACUUAGAAAACGAUAGUAGAAGUUGGCAGUCGAAAGAACACGUCGCCAGAGAAAUGGAAGAUGUGUUUUUACGCGGUGCCAGCCAGGCUUUGACCAGAUACAUAGAGAAACAGCUACAUCCCGCUAUUAAAGAGACACUUAUGAUUUCCAUGGGAUAUACUAUCAGUUACGGAUAACACGUUCUUUCUUUGUUUGAUUAGUACCAAUUUGUUGUAAUUCAAUUUUUAGGAAAUUUGUAUAGGUAUUGUAGGAAAUACGAGCAAAAAAUCAGUAUCCUCGUUGUAAUAACGUUAAUUUCUAGUCUUUAAUACUGAUGUCUAGAAAAGUGAAAUGAUAAAUAUUUUAUUAAAAAAUUCUUUGUUUUUAAAUAAAUCAAGUUGGAAAGUU